UUCUUUGUGAAGCAACGCAACGGCGUCUUUUACGCGCGUUCUAAUAAAUUUGAUUAAACUGUAUUAAUUACAAAUCGAUAAAAUGUCUAAUGUCUCCACGAAAAAGAUCUUCAUUCAAAUUGAAUCCGCAGCCGAACAACAGGAGAAUUUAAAGAAUCAACGCAAAACCUUUAAGGUGCUGCAGCCAGGUGGCGUCGCCACUGACAAAGAAAACUUGGCUGGGCGUCCACAAAUUGACAAACUGAGCCGCCUCAAAGCUGCUACUGAGGCCUCGUUGGCUUCGACAGAUUUUGCCAAGCGCAAGAAGGUUGAAACGCGUGCUUCGGAAACUCAAACGAGCCCACAGAAAAAUCUUAGCGUUGCAGAAAAAACGUCAAUAACAGCUGAAGAUCUUACUAGUGAAGAGAAACCAGGUGAAUUGUAUUGGGAACAUUUGGCGGAGAAACGUCGUGAAGCUUUAGAGGAGACGCUAAAAGAAAAUCAACAUUUGCACGAACGCAUUGAGGGUUUAGAAGCAGAAUUGGAUACCUCUCGUCAAAUGUUGGAGGAGGCACGAAAUUUGGUAGAAGUAUUGACGGAGAUGUUAAAUGAAAAUGAGGCUGAGCGUGAAAUUGAGAGUGACGGUGGCGCCGAACAAGGUGCAGCUGCUGGCAAUAUACUGGAGGAUGAUGACAACAGCAAUGCAUCCAAAUCGAGUGCUGAAACCCCGUUACCUAGUGCAGAGCUGAAGCGAUUGGAACACCCACGCACACCUUAAACAAGUACAAGCUGCCGGAGAAGGCUGACUUUUUAGCUUUACUAUAUUAGCUCAAUUGGAGUCGUCUCGAUCAACGUACUAAUUUACAAGUUUAUUACCUAUAUAUUACCUUAAAUACGUUAGUUUAUUUAAACAUUAUUUGUAUUAAUAUUUUUACCCGACAAGUACGCACCAAAGCUAAACGACGCGACGCUGCUGCCCAGUAUCGGUGCUCCAGUGCAGUACAAAAUAGUUAUUAAUCCUUACAUUUAUUACAACUUUUUUUUUUUUAAUUUGUAAUUAAAAUCCAAACGUUCAACUGUUUUAAGUAAUUAAUUUUUAAUGUUUGUCCGGUAUUAGUUACGGAUUUGAAAUGGAAAUUCAUUGUUUACAUUUAUUUCCUACUAGGAUUAACAAUUGCGAACGUAUGCAUAUGUAGUUCUUGAAAACUUAAAUAAAUUUAUUAGUUGUUGUCAAA